CUGAGGUGGGGUAUUUCAUUGUAUUGUAUUGUAUUUUGUAUUGUAUUGCUCUUGUUUGCAGGAGGAUGCCAGGCCCGACCGGGACUCAGAGCCAUGAGCUUAUUCCUGGAUAUGUAACAUCUCUGUCUUGUGAGUUUGUUUCUGUCUCCACAGGUCCGGCUGACAGGAAGAGAGAGUGGCAGAGAGACAGCCAGCAGAGCCCAGAUGAUGGACGUCCGUCCACUUCUUCUCAAGACUCUCGGAGAGCAAAGGCAAAGGCAGAGGAAGAGGAGAAGAAGCUUCAUUCCCGUGACUGGAGCGGCAUCAUCCCAGACCAGAGGACUGCGCCGAUACCUGAGAGAAGAGCUGAGGGCAUCUGUGCUUUCUUACGGAGAAUCGGGAAGGCUGUAAAGCUGGACUGCAGUGAGGUCGAUAUACUUGUGUCCACAUAUCCCUCCUGCAAUCCCACGGAUGUCCAGCAAGAUUCAUCCGAGUUUUACUGGGCAACACCAGUGCAUCCGUGUCCAUCUGGAGUCCAGCUGCCGGUUAAUGCCGAUCCGGACGAUCCCGAACACUCUUGCACAUCUGUCCUGGACCCAGAGCCGGCAGUGGCACGAGAUCUAGAGCUGAUGUCUUUCUCGGGAUUGUCCAGUCUCUCUAGUAUCGAGCUGACGCCGGACUCUAUUCAGGACGAUCCUGACGAUGCAUCGUCUGUCCCGGAUUUUGCUGAAAGCCAAACACAGAAGAAGAAGAAAGAUGUGGGUGCGUUUCUCCGUAGGAAAUGGAGGGCUAUGAUAGCGCCGGCUGUUGAAAAACAAUCAAGAAGGAGGGUGAAGAAAGGCUCAUUCAUCCAACGAACAUGGAAAACUCUAAAGGUUUCCGCUCUUGGCUGUUACGGGGACGACACAGUGGACCCAGAUCCAGCAGAUCUACAGCCACCAAUAUCUGUCCUCUCCAGGGACUUAACCGAGCCAGGUCCAUCUCACCGCGAGAUCAGUUCUGACCAGUUACCCUUCUCGGGUCCAUCUCACCGCGAGAUCAGUUUAGACACGUCACCCUUCUCAAGUCCAUCUGGUUCCCAGUCAAGUUUCUUUUGCUCCGAUUCAUCGUCUGCUCCAUGUCUGACCGAUCUUCUCUCAGAGUUAUCAAUUUUAAUGGGAGAUUACGAGCCUGUUUCCAGUUAAUCCAGUCUCAAGCUGAUCCUGAGCUGAGUUGUAGGACUGUUCACACGUUUGUUUUCUGUAUUGACUAAGCCUGAAUUGCGGAAGAAUCAUCAAACUGAAGCUGAAAUUGGGCAACCUGAUAUACACGGACACUGUUGGUUGAGCACUAAAUUGGACUUA